UAAAUAAUGAUAAGUAAUCAGUAGCAGUAAACAUUAGUAGUUCAUAAAGGCAAGCCAAUCGAUGCACAAAUUCUUCCGAAACGUUUAGAACUUGUGUGUGGCGAUUUCAUCGAUUUACUCCCAGCCCUUCAUCGAUUAUUUACAUUUUGUGAUUUUUUUCCUUUUACCGAAUCCUAUUUUUCCUGGUCGAUAUCGUUCGGCGAAAAGUGUCUCUAUACAUAGUUUGUCACGAAUAUAUACUAAAGUCGUUAUCGUGUGCCUUAUCUUCGUUGUUGCUGCUCGAGGAGAAGUGUGGGGCGUCUUCGGCGGGUUAGUUAUCUGGAAUCUCAGAACAGCUGCAAGCAAGGAGGGUAAGCAUCGUACGGUGGGCCUUGUCCAUCGCGCGGGGGGGCAGCUUUCAGAACUGCCGUGCCUGAGCAGCGCUGACUAACCGAUGUAACAAGUGGAAUUAACAAACCACCAACACGCUUUUGGGAUACAACGGGAGAACUGGCGUAAUCGCGGGGUUUCACAUAACGAUCAAAGAUGGUUAUAAAUAAUUCUCUUUUUUUUUUGCUAAAGAUACCGCUAACCUUUCCAAAAGAUUGUUUACAUAGUACUAUGAUUAUUAGUAUGAUGAUUUGCAUACGUAAAUCUGUUAUAAAAAUAAUAAAAAUAGCCUAACAUUACAUAUAAUGCUCGUUUUUGCUUCAUCUAAAACGUGCUUUACGUGCUUUACGUGCUUUAAUGGCUCAUUCAAUAAAUCUGGUAGACAUGAAUACUGAUGUUACAGUUGGCGCAAUUCCUGCAUGCUGCGAUGAGCUACCUGCUACUUAAUAAGUUCCGUUAUUCUGGUCGUGCAAGACGAAAUACGAAGAAUGCUUCUUACCUAUUUACGAUUCGUUUGCACAGUCAUCUCGUCUUUAUAUCAGCAGAAACGAAAGAAAAACGGCUGAACCAAAACUCACCUGACCGCUGCCAUAUUCAGAGCACGAAGGAUUCUUGUGCAGCGUGGUUCAUGCCCUUAUCGAGGUUCGUUCUUGACUUGCUAUUACCAUAAAUGGCUCCGACUUUACCGUGCUUUCCUGGUACUUUCUCCUUGUACGAGUCUUCGAAGCGAUGGUCCAUCUUAGUUAUAAAAAGCAGUUAUCCAUAAGGACAGUGGACCGGACGUACCGGUUUUGAUUCGACAAUCCAAUGGUGCUGAUCAGAGGCAAUACUACCGGGAUUCGACCGGACCGAGGUCAAUUCGCAUCGGGGCUCGCGGUACAACUGACGCUCGUUUUACACGUAAUCAGUGUAGCAGUGCACUCAUAUCGCAAAACUGUUUUAUUAUCACCUUGAUACGUGCCUUUUCGGUGGCUUUCCUCCGGCGUAUCGAGAGGUGGCUUUAGUGGUUGGAUCAGCAAACCGAACAGAUAGCACCGUUCGCACUUUAGGCUUCCGAUUUGUCUUGGAAAAAGGUUACCAACAGUAGGUUGGCGAUUCCCAUCGCAACGAUACGGUCGUCGUGGUUGAAUUUCUGCAGCGUCAGACGAAACUUGACGAUGAGUGCUCUCAAGUUAAAGCCGUUGGAGGACUCGAACCUCUACAAACGACGCACCACUUCGAAAGAGAAUCUUCUUCAUACGGGAGGCGUUAGUGGGAGCGGUGUACCAGAGCCUACUUCGUCUGUUGCGCACAGUUUUACCGCACAGCCACGCCAUGUGACGAGUACGAGUGUGAAGGGCGGCAGCUAUGGUAUGCAGUCGACCGCGAUCGUGAGCUAUCCAACGGAGAGCUACUAUCAGCAACCCAAGUCACCGAUAAGAGUGGCGAACACGGCCGCCGUUGGUACAUCAGUAUUGGUACCGCAGAGUGACUCGCCGACGAUGACGCCACCAACUCCCCACCGGCUCCUAAACAAAUAUCCUGCCGAUACCCGCAGUUUGUUGGCAGCCACGCAGCAACGGAAAGCCACAGUACCCAACGCAGACCCUAAGUGGCAAUCGGGGGCAAGCCCUAGAGUGUACCAGAACGUUAGUCAACCCGCAAGUCAGCCACCGAGAACAUACCAAAACUUGAUACCUUCGAUAACACCGCAGUCACCGAGUACUCCUACGGCCAAAAGAAUGGAGUCGCAAGAACAGUUUGGCAGAACGAACGUGCAAUCGGUGUCCGGUGUGACUUCUGGCAACAUGUCGCUUGGCACCAUGCACUGCACCCGGUGUGAUGAAGGCUUCGAGCCUCAUGAACGCAUCGUCAACUCGAACGGGCAGCUUUGGCAUACGCAAUGCUUCGUGUGUGCCCAGUGUUUCCGGCAGUUUCAGGAUGGCAUAUUUUACGAGUUCGAGGGCCGCAAGUACUGCGAGAAGGAUUUUCACAUUCUGUUCGCACCCUGCUGCAGCAAGUGCAAUGAUUUCGUCAUCGGGCGCGUGAUCAAGGCAAUGGCGGCCAACUGGCAUCCGCAUUGCUUUACAUGUGAACGCUGCAGCGCACCGUUGGCCGAUUCAGGAUUCAUUCGCAAUCAAAACCGUGCCCUCUGCCACGAAUGCAAUCGUAUCGAAAAGUCCGACGGUCUGGAGAAACACAUGUGCAACAAGUGCCACGGUGUUAUCGACGGAGCUCCACUGCGUUUUAGAGGAGAGGUGUACCAUGGCUAUCACUUCAACUGUACCUCUUGCGGUUCGGAGCUGGAUUCGUCGGCGCGCGAGGUGAAGAACCGUAGUGGCUACGCAGCGAAUGAUAUGAACGAACUGUACUGUCUGCGUUGCCAUGAUCGUAUGGGUAUUCCGAUUUGUGGCGCCUGUCGGCGACCGAUCGAGGAGCGAGUCGUUACGGCACUCGGAAAGCAUUGGCACGUGGAGCACUUUGUCUGUGCCAAGUGCGAAAAACCCUUCCUUGGCCAUCGGCACUACGAGAAGCGUGGCUUGGCCUACUGCGAGACGCAUUACCAUCAAUUGUUCGGUAAUCUAUGCUUCGUGUGCAAUCAAGUGAUCGGUGGUGAUGUUUUCACUGCAUUGAACAAGGCCUGGUGCGUGCAUCAUUUCUCUUGCUCGAUCUGCGACCAGAAAUUGGACCAGAAGUCCAAGUUUUUUGAGUACGACGAGAAACCGGUCUGCAAGAAGUGCUACGAACGCUUCCCGAACGAACUUCGUCGUCGAUUACGCAUUUCGCACGAAAACACCCUCAAGAAGGCAGUUGCUUAAAAGGACCAAGACGAGUGCCGCAUCUGAUCGAUGCGUAAUUUCAAUUGUGCCAAAACAGCCAAGUGGUGAAAAUCGGGGAUGAAAUACAACGCAAAUCACAACCAGAAACCGAACCAUAUACUGACCAACUAAACGGCAACUAAUGAAAUAGAUAUCAUGCUUUGCUGGAAAGAGUAUUAGAAAAUAGAGUGCUCAGUGCCUUUAACUAAAAGAAAACUUACUACUCAGUUGUGUUUGUUCAACGAAAGCUUCGAAGAAAUUAUCGAAUCAUUUCGUAUUUAUACUCAAUAUAUGUUCACGUCUUUUAGCGUUUGUAUGUAUGUUACUGUAACCUUGUUUCCGUACGACUAUACUUUCUAACAAAACCAAUGACUUUUUAAAUACUACUGCGUACUUCUGGGUAAAUGUUAAUCCUUGUUUUUGAGCACCUACAAUAAUAAUUCUAUGGUGUUUGAGUUUUUAUUUAAUAAAAUGAUAUAAAUUUUUAACACCAACAUUGA